AUGACCGCCAAACCGGAACCAGACAAAUUGGGAAGGAACAUGAAAGCGCUGCCAUCGGCAAUGUGGAACAGGGCGAUUCCCGAAAAUGAUUACAUCCAGCUCGGCACGCUACGGUACGGUGUGCGUCUAUCUAAUGCGGGUCUGCUGGAUGCGGGAAAACCGGGCCACGUGGUUGACUUAGCCGAAGGACACUCGCGUGCGUCCGUUGGCUCGUACGACAUCCCGAAUGGUGGCAAUGGCGGAACGCACAGUGUGACGGGGACGAGCAGUAUCAGCAGCAACGGUGAUAGGCAGAACUGCUGCUGCAUCGGUUCGAGUGGCGUCGAGAUGCCUUGGACGACGAGCUACGCCCGCACCAAACUGCCAGUUCCUAGUAGCUUAGCUAAGAAUAGAAAAUCAUCUCCCUUAGCAUCGCCAACGGUCGGUGCGUCCGGAGUAGAGGGCCAUCAGCAGCAGCAGCAACAGCAGCAGCUGCCACGAUAUCCCCUGUCGGCAGCCAACCGGACCAACAACAACGGGCACGGUCUCAGUCAGUCAACGCAACCGCACGACCGCGGAAGUGACGAUUACACCAGCGAAUCAAACUCGGCCCUUGGCGCUGGCUACACGAACGGUUUCACGCACAAAAGUAGCAGCAACACCGGCAGUAGAUCCAGCAACGGUGAGCAUCGACAACUCGAACCAGCUGAGGAGUCGACACGACAUCAGGACACGUCACCACGCUGCUCAACGGUAGUGUGUUGCUACAGCAACAGCUUCGGUGUGGGUGGAGGCAACAAAAAGCAACCUGCUGGUAGUGGUGACCUGCAGCAGUGUGGAUCCGAUAUCCCUGACCCCGUCAUCUCGAGUGUGGGAUACGUUCAGCAGAAGCAACAACAGCAACAGCAUCAGAGAAACCGAUCGAUCGGAUUUUCCACAACCACCCUAGAUCGGCUGCGUGAUGGAGCUGGGUGUGAUUCGACCGGCGGGUGGCUCGGAGCGCGAAGGACUCUCACUGCAAGCGGGACGCGUGUAGGAAGCGAGUUGGGUGAUGACACCAACGAGCCGGACGGUGAUGAUGAUCUUUCGGCGCUGGUCACCACAACCGAUGGAUCCGACGGCACGACGAGUGGUCGCAGCUAUCGAAACGGGGGUGAUGAUUUAAAUUUAAAUUCGAAAAACGCACCACGACAUCUGCAUCGGUCGCAACAAGUGCCACAAGGGCAGCGGUGGCAGCCAGGGCAGGGCGGGGCGAACGAUGUGAACAUAAAUAAUUUCGAGAAAAGGAAAAUAUCAACCGAACAGCACGGCAUCGGUGGGGUUGGUGGUGUUGGAUCGAUCUCCACGAGUGGUUUCAGUGCGCGAAUUGACCGCACCGGCGGUAGUAGUGGUGGUGUGAGUGUUGGUGUUGGUGGGGGUAGAAAUAUUACUAAGCAAAACCAAUCCACCCCCAUCGGAGACCUUUGUGUGGACGAGCUUUCCUCGACAUCCUCGCUAUCUCCACGGUCAGCGUCACCAGCCGUGCAGCACGCAACCACCGGCUGCGUCCUGACGCCUGAUUCACCAACGACUGGGCAGCUCCAUCCACCCCCGAUAGCGACUCCUUUCGGGCAACGGCGUCGAGCUUUACAACCUCCUUCAUCACUCCCGGUGGUAAAAUCGUACAGCUUUCAUCGCGUUCCAUCGGACGCAUUUGGGACGGCUUCUCCAACGACGACUUCCGGUUCACCAAGCCACCCACUUGAAGGCCCAACAGUGGGCUACCCCGCACUAAAUAGAUCGUUUCGUAACACGAACCACUCGCGACGAUUGCAGUACGGUUACGUAGACGACGUGAUCAAUUCCGAUCGACAAAACGGUACACCACCCGUAACGCGCAAAUCGUCCCUACCGGUGUUAGGAAGCAGCGGAAGUCACACGCCACCUGGUGGACGCUCCCGAUCCCACCGGAAGCUACCGUGCAGCGACGCACUCAACGAGAUCCGAUUGCAAUCGCUGAACAAAUACUGCAACCAGCUGCUCGGUCGUGGUGUUGUGACAUUCACCGGUGCCGACAGUGGCCUGUCAACAGUCGCCGGCAGCGCCCACGAUCGUGUAACGGCACGAGCGAUCGAUGAACUGGAGGAUCUCAGCUUCAUCGACUCAUCCGAUCUGUCAUCAACCGGCGACGACGGCGCCGUCGUUGAACCACCAUACACCGAUGGCCACAGACGUGCGCACCAACGCAAACGGCACCCGUCGAUCAACGCCACCAUCGUCAGUGAUGGCAACCUGCCAACAACCGUCAGUGGUCGAACGCUAGCAUCAACCGGACACCCUGCUAGUGGUGGUUGUGGUUCCGAACGAAUCGCAAACCGAAACAAUCACGCCGACAGCACGUCCUCGGACGAUCCGAAUCACGUGUGUAGUGGUGUGACACAGCUAACCCGACGCAACAGCGACCACCAGUGGCAGCAACAACCGGUGGCGGUGCUCAAGUACCGCGCACAGUGCACUCGUAACGGCAGUAACGCCAGCGACGACUACCCAGCGGCACGUUACUGCGCUGAGCUUGGUGUCGCUGGCGCAUCUUCGCAACCGAACACGGGCGUGUCCUUUCACGGUGUGCAAGCGGAACCUGUGGACGGUGUCCUGUCGGAGGUCGUGGAUACGCGUGGUGACACCAACAACAAUUACCACCGGAGUAACAGCGACGUUGACAGUGAUCAACAGCAGCAUCAGCAGCAGCAGCAGAAAUACACUAGCACGCCGGCUAAUAAUAGCGCCGGGCACAGUGUCCGUGUCGGUGGUGUUGGUGUCGAACCCGGACGACCAGGUGGUGUUGGCGAGCAGACGCCGGAUAAUAGCUGUACGUCGCCACUGUCGCAUGUUGGUCUUAGGCCACCGCAGGGCUACGCAUCCUCUGGUUGCCCAUCGCCGGACGGUUCGCCUGCCGGGCUUAACUGCUUUGGAAGGAGUGGCACACAACUCCAUGGUUCGGGUGGUGUUGCAGCCGACAGAUCGAUAAUGGAAAAGCGCAACAAUACGCUGGAUCGCUUGCAACGGCUAGUGAAGAAGACCACAUCGAGCUCGUCUGAAAAGCCCAGCAACAGUGCGUCCGGAGCUGGCAGUAAUGCAACUACUGGUGGUGGUGGUAGCAAAACGGAACGACUCCGCGAAUUGACGGAGUUGUUGAAGGGCAAUAGAGGACCUCCAGUGCCACCACCUCGCCGACCUAAACACGCCAAUAGUGUGGAGCGAACGUUCGAUCGUCAGAACGUGACCCUAUCCACCUCUAGUCUCAUCGAUACGGGCUUUUUGCAUGGAGCCGACUCGAGUCUGCCUGAAUCACAGUUGUUGAAGGCGAAGGAAUCACGCUCGGUUGAUAUUCCGUACAGGUUUGCCGAUGGUGCAGGACAGCGCAUGUCCACGCCAAGUUCUCCACUGACGGAGCAUAAACCGGUGAAUUUGCGCGCUAAUGUGAGCACCUCGAAUCUGGAGGCGCUUCAUGAGCCGCCGGAGACCAAACCGGCACUUGGGGACGAGUGUAAAUCCGAGUGCACCCUUAAGGACGCUGAUGACCUGUUUACCAAGCUGUCUCGACCGGAGUCUCGUACAAUCGUGGGUUCGUACACGCAAAAAACGAUCCCUUUCCGGAGUGCGUCCUUUUCGCAGGUAGACUACUCAUCCGGGAAGUACAUCCGGUCAGCACUGGGUGCGCUUAAGAACAGCAUUCUCAAGAGCAGAGAUCAGCAGCAAUCUAGCGUGGACAGCAACACGAUACCACGGUCGUCAUCCAAGGCACUGGAGGCAGCUCGUAGCUGUAGUCCAACUGAGCUGUGUGGAGAUCAGACGGACCAGGCCUCCCAACCAGAGCCUGACACCGACGUGGCGAAGCUGACGAUCAAGAAAACGGAGCUGAACAUCAACCUGGCGCCGUUGGAUGACUACGGGCGGUAUUUUGAGGACCGAUUGGAAGGCAAGGACCUGUCGUCGAAUCGCAACUCAGACAUUGAAACCAUCGUCGAGGAUCCGGUGGCCGAACACGACGAGAACGUUGAAAACGAAUUGCACCAGUGUGCUCCUGGGACUAACAUGAGCGUGCUUCAGGCAUCCGAGAUGGUGCUGGAGCCGUUGGUUGAAGAAGGCAUCCCAAUCACGCCGACAUCUCUGUCGAAGGACGACGAGUGUCUGCAGCAAGCCACCACCUGUUUGAUCCCUGUUCCGGUGUAUGAUUGUGUCGUGAGUGAGUGGAGCACGGCUCGUCCUUCAGAACAAUGGAUCGACGCCUCAACGACCGAGUACGGCAAGUUUUCCGAUUGUCUGGACAGCAUCAAGGAGGUGAAUGAGAGUGCGAUUAGUGACGUUCCCGGGCGGGUUCAUUCCCCGGAGGAGUGUCAUGAAACGAGUGGCCAUUCGGAUACGAUCACGGUGGAAACGCCACCUCAAAUUGUGGAACCGCAGGAUAGCGUUGAGUUGUCGGAGGAUGGUGCAACAUCCGAUCCGGCUGACCUAAAUGAUGAUAGCAAAGGACUAGGCAUCGCAUCGUUGCUCUGCACGCCACCUGUAUCAAUCAUUUGCACCGAGCCGGAAAGCAACGAGUACACAACGAUCGUCGACGGAAGUGCACCCACACACAAGGUAUCGGUGGUGCUGGGUGAUGGAAAUGAGAUCGAGGUGGUCGAGGUCCGGAAGCGCCACAGCAACAACGAGGACACGGGUGACCCAUUAAACUGCCGGUUAUCGAACGAUGUGGAUGAGAAGCGACGACUAGAGUCACGAAAGUCCCGUCGCAAGGGCAUCUACUUCCAGUGGCCAGCGAUCGAUGGAAAUAGUGAGCUAGAAUCGGACAACAACGACACACCGGCUGUGGAUGAGGCUGGCGUGAGCUGGAAUCCGGAAGCUUUGGCUGGACAGGUGACGGAAAAGGACUCAAGUCUGGAUCUGAGUGGCGAAAGCUUCACGGAUUUGAGUGGGAAGGAUCCAGGCGAUCGUGCUGUGCGUUCACCUGAACGAUAUUUGCUCGAUCCAAUUACACCGGAUUCGGAUCCUGGUAAGCCGGUCUGGCCGAAGGGAAAUCGACGCCAGAGCUUGACGUACCAGAGUUCGGAUGAAAAGGACGAUACGUUGCCGGUACCGGCACUUCCGGUGCGAUCACUCAAGACGCUCCUGCUGCGAUCGGACUCGGUGUCGGACAACGAAAGUGAUCGAGCGUCUUCACGGGACCGGACCAGUGCCUCACCAGCGCCUGGAUCUGGUGAUCCGGACCCAAAGCGGUACUCGAAACGGCCACUCCGAGGACCGUACGGACAGAUGCUGGAAGCGGAGAUGAAGAAACCCACGACCAAGGUGCAAUACAGCGAGAUUCUGGAGGAACUGACGCGUACCGAAGGUACUCACAGGCCGAAUUCAACCGGGGCGAGAAACCGUGGUGUUUGCAGCCAAUCGAUGGACGAAACAAACGACCGACACGCGGCAAAAGCCGGCUCGAAACCGCGGAAAACAAGCGCCAAUUUGCCGGUCCCGACACACGUCCGAACCGCAUCGAGUCCUUCGAAGCUUUCGGACUCAUCCGGCACACGCUCGGCAAGUCCAUCAAAACGCUACCUUUGCAACAUCGACCAACGCAGCACGGACUCAGACCGAUCGGAGAAAUCCACUGGCAAGCUGGAGAGCAAGAAGCUUUCACUGGACAGCCACCUCCAAUCGGAAAAGCCCACGAAACCUGGCAAACAACGAAGUGGCUCGAGUGCCAGCGAAAAGCAGCAGAAACGUAGCCUCGACGAGGUUCGCCUAUCGCAGAGCAGUCGCACACCAUCCGAGAGAAGCUUUACGCUAGCGGUUACACCGGAAGCACCCAAAGGACUAGCCGCAUCCCCCGAACUGCUGGCGGAACUGUUGAAGGGCUCCAGCGAGAAGCUGGUGACGGAACAGCUGGGAACGGCAAGUGGCGCUGGUGGUGGUACAAAUGCCAGCAAUGCCCUUCCAUCGGCCGUCUUAAACUGUCUGGAUACACGCACUCACGUGGUGGUCGAGCUUUUCAACACCGAGAAGUCGUACGUGGAGUCUCUCCAGACGAUUGUACUGAAAUACUUGAACCAGCUCAAAUCCCCCGAGAACUCGGGCCUGGUGGACGUGCAAACGGUGGACGAGAUUUUCUUCAUGGUUCCUGCCAUCCUUAACAUCCACGAGCGGUUUCUCGAGGAGCUGCGGCGCCGUCUGGACUCGUGGGACAAAAUGCAAAUGAUUGGCGAUGCGUUCGUCGACGUGUUUUCCCGCCCGGUGAUACUCGAUACGUACACGUCGUUCGUAAACAACUGGAAUAGAGCGAAGGAUGCGAUCCGCAGUGCGCGACAAAAGUGUCCCGCGUUUGCACGAUUUCUGGAAGCGAUGGCACGCGAACAUAAGGGCAAGCUGUCGUUGGACAACUUGCUGAUCAAACCCGUGCAGAAAUUUCCCAACUACGAACUUAUAUUCACAAGACUGAUUAAGCACACCGACGUGGCGCAUCCGGACCAGAAGCCGCUGCAGGAGGCGCUAAAGCUGGUGCACGAUAUUUUGAUGUUUCUCAACUGCAAAGAGAAGGAAGCGCUCGAAAAUGGGCAGCGUGAAACGGUCCUGCGUGAGCUGGAGGGCGUGAUCGAGGGCAUGAACGAGCUGGUGACACCCGAGCGAGCCUUCCUGCUGUUCGACCUAGUGUCGAUGCCGUCGGGACAGGUGACGCGCAAGGAGCGUGGCUUUUUCCUCUUCAACGACCUGCUGGUGAUCACGAGCAUCAAGCGUCGAAGUGGCACGAUACGGAAAACCAAUAUGACCUGCCCGGGAAGUGUAGCCUCCACGCUGGAUACGAACAAGUACAAGUAUCUCACAAAGAUCUCGCUGGACGAUUUGGAAAUUGUGAAAUCUAAGGACGAGAAUGUCAGGCGAAUUAUGAAAGAAAUCGAGCACCUCACGGAGGACAGUGGCAAGUUGAUCCAGAUGUCGGAUAUCGCCGCGAGUCUCCGAUGUCCUCAUGCACCCUUGGAGGAAGCGGUUCGCGAACUGCAACGAGAAAUUCAGCGUCAACUUGCGGAACGGCAGACCAAUGACGCUCAGCUGAACGUGCUGGAGUUGACGUGGAACACCUCGAACGGCAUUCAAAACAUGACCGUGGUGUUUUCCAAGCCGGAAAAGCGCACCCAGUGGGAAGAGAUCUUCGCGGAAGCAAAGCAGAAGCUCGCAAACAGCCUGGAACGGUGCCAGAUACCGGAGUUCUUCGUUUCGGUGCCGAUCCGGAAGACGCGCGCCGGUCUCCAGUUCACCUGUGCCUCACCGACCCUCGGCGCACAAAAGGACGUGUGGGUGUGCAACAGCGAUGGCUACGUGGGCCAAGUAUGCGUCCUUAGCCUCGUCCCGGAACCAUCGGUGACUAGCUGUAACGGUGUGUGUAAUGCCCGGAUCCUGUGCGUUUCGUCGGUGCCGGCCAGCGACGAGCGGUCCACGAAUUCGGCACUGAUGAACGUCAAUAUAUCGAUCGUGGAUGCGUCUAUCGCACCGAGUAAAUCGAACAACUGCUCCGUCAAUUCACCCGCCAAAUCGAACGACACGAAAGCGUCCUUCAAGUCAACCGAUACCAGCGGAGGACAGACAAGGAGUCUGACAAACAGCGAAGCGAACGUGCAGCUUGAUUCAGGCAGCUCAAGUGACGACUCCGAUGCCGAAAGUCAACCAGAACGGACCGCUACUAAUCAACCCGGAACGGGUCUUACAGCGAACCAUCGGCAGCAGGACUCGACAGCGAGCGUGACUACAACUGGGGAGGAAUCCGAGAAUCAGCAGUCAACCAUGUGGCUUGGCACGGAGGAUGGCUGCAUACACGUGUACAACUGUACCGACAACAUACGGAUUAAGAAGAACAAGAUCAAGAUACCGCACGUGAGUGCGGUGUACUCGAUUCUGUAUCUGGAUAACCGCGUGUUCGUGUCCCUAGCGAAUGGUGAUAUUUGUGUGUACUCUAGGGAUCGAUGCGGGUGGAACGUAUCUUCGCCUCUCACCGUUACGGUUGGGACCGUGACCAACCCGGUGGUGAAGCUGCUGAAUGUCCACGGGAAGCUGUGGUGCGCAAUACAGGGAACUAUAAAAGUAUUAAACACGAAAACGUUACAGAUCGAUAGCCAAAUUCAAAUCUCGAACGACUCGAAGCCAAUCACAAAUAUGACAGUAUUAAACGACUACGUGUGGAUUUCGGUGCAAAACUCGGCCCACAUCAAGUGUUGCCAUCAUGAAAGCUUUGAGGUUAUAUUCGAGGUGAACCUGGCACCUUCCGUCAACAAAAUGCUCUCGAACUGUGAUGACAUCAUCCGGCAGCAUAAGGCGGCCUGUCUGCGGGUCACGUCCUUGCUAGCCUGCAAGGACCUCGUCUGGGUCGGAACCAGUGCCGGUGUACUGCUGACGAUUGGUGCACACAACGUGGCCAAAGGAUCACCGCUGCCAACGGUGACGGGUCUACCCCAUGGACACACGGGUCACGUGCGGUUCCUGACGUUCGUGGAAUCGCCAGAUGGGCAGUCUGAGAUGACAUCCGAAGGAACUGGUCCGGUUGCGGCAAGCCACCAUGGCCAAUCGAGCGGCAAGUCUGUGAAACCAUCGCUCCAGGAGCUGCUGGUGAUAUCCGGAGGCGAUGGGUACGAGGACUUCCGAAGUGCGGGCAACAACACCAUGAGUGAGGUGGCAGGACGUGAGGACAGCACCAAUCACCUGUUGCUCUGGAAGGUGUAAGACUUCGUACGGAUUUCGAGGUUCAGAAAGAUGCGUGUUUCGUUUUGCAAAGGCCUCCGAAAGGACACCAAGGACUCCUAGGAAGGGUUUCAGCCCUGACGCACUUGGCUGGCAAGCUGGACUUGCAAGUCAAGAGCUCGGCUGAUGGAACGCAACAUGUGUUUUUGCAUGAUUCCUCAAGAAGGAGCUGCGGAUAGCGAGCGAUUUAUGUAGCAGCAAAGGAUAAGACAAUAAGCAUGUAUGUUAAGCUCGUGCACAUAUUAAGCUAGAUGGAGCUGGUGGAGCGAAUGUUCUUGCGUGGUGUGGUGUGGCAGGACGAGGAAUAGGAUUUUCUUUUCGCCGGACAACCGAUUGUUCACCACUAUUCCAAGGUACGCACAAUGUCCGGUGCGUACACUAGUAACGUUUCGCGUAGUAAAGGCAAACCAGGAACAGAUCACUUAAGCUACACUAAACAUAUAACAAACAAACAAACAAACGUACUAACCGGGUAGAGGAGAAGGAACCAGCAGUCUGACGGCUGUGUUCUCGGAUUCUCGGCCCAGCUACCGCUUAUCGUUUGUGUACCGAAUUUAUGCGCUAUCAUUACGACUACUAAUAACUACAGUUUGUAAGCCUAUCAGUACUACUAAUAACCUUAGCUGACUGUUUAUAAACUAUGUUUAUAAUCGUGAACCGGCAAGCGAAUCAGUUAACAAAAUCGAGGCAGUGUUUGGCGUGUUCCUUCUCCACCACGAUGCACCUUCGGUAGUGUAAAUAUAAAUGCUAGUCGAAAAACGCCGCACCGAGCAAGGGUGGGUUUAUACACAUUCGUAACCGAAGUAAAAAACAAAACAAAAAAACAAAAAUAGCAAAAGGUAAACCUAGGUAGGGCCGUUUCGUAUUUACGUUUUGAUACCGUUUUGGCGCCCCAAGCCCUCUGGCAGCGUGGCUGCUCGAGUAUUCCAGAGCGACUCCGGUUUUGUUAGCCGUACCCAAUCACCAAUGUGCAAAAUUAACUGAUAAACAAGCGGUACGCGAGAUGUGAAAUGGAAAACCACAUAUAUUUAUAUAGACAUAUAUAUUAUACUAAACCCCCUAAUAUAUAUAUACAGGCCAGCGAGGCCACGAGAACCUUGCAAGGGACGUUAUUGCUCACCGUAGAACCAAAUCCGUUCCUUCCCUUGUUUGCGAAAACUGCACGCCUCAGAUGGUGUCGCAAAUACACAUUGGGUGUACCCGAACAGAACGUUACCGAAAUAAUUAGCCACCAUAAACGCAACCGUUUUUUGCCGUAUCGAUAUCGUUCGUAUUUUUUUUGCAUAAAGAAAAUGUGUACCGUGAGAAAGAACAGCAAAAAUAUACACCGAGCGUAAUACAGCACGUUAUGGAGCACGGAGUAGUAUGACUGUCGGACUUUGGAUGAAAUACACUUUGACGAACCGUAACCGAAAUUCACGCAUUGUAUACGCAUUUUUAUAAUGA